UGCCCGUCAGCGCCGUCGCCCGGGUAACGGGAGCGGGGCCUGCGGGCGGGGCAGUGCCGCCGCCGCCGCCGCCGCCCCCCUCGCCCUCGCCCCGGGCCCGGCGCUCCCCCGCCCGGUGCGGGUCUGUGCCCGGGCCCGGGCUCGGCGCGGCGCCGCCCGCCGCAGGGACGAUGGGGCAGGCGCGGAGGCCGGCGAACGGCAGCGGCCCGGCGGCGCCAUGACCGGCGAGAAGAAGAAGAAGAAGCGGCUCAACCGCAGCGUGCUGCUGGCCAAGAAGAUCGUCAUCCGCGACGGGGCCGGCCGACAGGGGAUUGGAGAGCCCAGCGUGUACCACGCCGUGGUGGUGAUUUUCCUGGAGUUCUUUGCCUGGGGGCUGCUGACCACGCCAAUGCUAACGGUGUUACACCAGACUUUCCCUCAGCACACCUUCUUGAUGAACGGCCUGAUUCAUGGAGUCAAGGGUCUGCUUUCUUUUCUAAGUGCCCCACUGAUUGGUGCUCUCUCUGAUGUCUGGGGCAGGAAAUCCUUCCUCCUCCUCACUGUCUUCUUCACGUGUGCUCCAAUUCCCCUUAUGAAGAUCAGUCCGUGGUGGUAUUUUGCUGUCAUUUCCAUGUCUGGAGUCUUUGCUGUCACCUUCUCUGUGAUUUUUGCCUACGUUGCUGAUAUCACGCAGGAGCAUGAGCGCAGCACGGCGUAUGGCUUGGUGUCAGCCACGUUUGCUGCUAGUCUGGUCACGAGCCCAGCCAUCGGGGCGUACCUCUCCCAGGCCUAUGGUGACACGUUGGUGGUGGUGCUGGCUUCAGGUGUGGCUUUGCUGGAUAUCGCCUUCAUCCUGCUGGCAGUGCCGGAGUCCCUGCCGGAGGAGAUGCGCCCGGUCUCCUGGGGAGCUCCAAUCUCUUGGGAACAAGCAGACCCGUUCGCUUCCUUGCGGAAAGUGGGUCAGGAUUCUACAGUGCUGCUCAUCUGUAUCACCGUCUUUCUCUCCUACCUUCCCGAAGCCGGCCAGUAUUCCAGCUUUUUCCUGUACCUGCGACAGGUCAUUGGUUUUUCCUCGGAGACUGUGGCAGCCUUCAUUGGAGUUGUUGGAAUUCUCUCCAUCCUGGCUCAGACAGUGGUGUUGGGAAUUCUCAUGCGUUCCAUAGGAAAUAAGAACACCAUCCUGCUGGGAUUAGGCUUCCAGAUCCUCCAGCUUGCCUGGUACGGCUUCGGAUCGCAGCCUUGGAUGAUGUGGGCUGCAGGAGCCGUGGCUGCCAUGUCCAGCAUCACCUUCCCAGCCAUCAGCGCCAUGGUGUCUCGGAACGCAGACCCUGACCAACAGGGUGUGGUGCAGGGGAUGAUCACUGGGAUUCGGGGUCUGUGUAAUGGCCUGGGGCCGGCGCUCUAUGGCUUCGUCUUCUAUCUCUUCCACGUGGAGCUGAAUGAAAUGGCUGAGGUGGAAACGCUGGGUAAGGCCUCCAAACCCAACAUGGCCAACCCUACGGAUGAGAGCAGCAUCAUCCCAGGGCCUCCUUUCCUGUUCGGGGCUUGUUCUGUCCUGCUCUCGCUCCUGGUGGCCUUGUUCAUUCCAGAACACAACCUUGCACUGAGAUCAGGCAGCCACAAGAAGCACAGUAACGGAGCCCAGACCCACACCCACAGCCCUCAGGCUGGGGGGUCGGAUGGCAAAGAGCCCCUGCUCGAGGACAGCAGCGUAUGAGGCCGGGAGGGAAGGACCUGGCUCACAUCUCGACCCCAGGCCAAGGAUGGACUCAAGCAGUGGGAGUUCAGGGAGAGAAAACAGGGUGGGGGGAGAGAAGAAGUGAGGUGAGACUGUGCCACUAACAGCUAAUGCGAAGGGAUUGAGGUUUCCCUUCAAGCCAAAUACCCCCCCAGCUGGAGCAGAACCGGAGUUGUAUCAUCUGGUGCUGCUGGAAAGGGGAGAUACUGAACCGCUCCGUGGGAAGGGAUAGCUCUUGAAGGCAAAGGUGCCCUUGUGCUGCGCUGAACUGCGAGGUGUGCCCUGCCAGAUCCUCAGCUCGCCGAGGAAAACUGAAGGAGCAAGUGUUGGCUUUGUUCUGGUGUGAACUAAGGGCCUUGGCAGCUGGAAUAAACCGAGGCAUCAGCUCCGUGCCCCGUUCCCUGCUGGAUCCGAUCCCGUCACAGCUCACCUGCGGGCGGCAGCGACCAGGGGUGAAGAGCACAUGGUGUGGUGAGCCCUGAGCUGCCCCUCGCUGCUUGGAGCCCAUGAAUUCCCCCCUGUUGGCCUGGGUGAAACUUAGAUCCACCCCCCCACCCAAAAUCUACUGACUUGAUGUUCUGAUGAAGAUAAGUUGCCCAGGGGCGAAUGGGAGAGGGAAGGGCAGCCCCUGAGUUGCGGGUGCUGAGGUGGUUGAUGAUGUUUGUGUUCCUCUUUGGCUUUUUCUGUUACCCUGAGCUGACGAUCUUGGUAGGAGGAUUCUUCAGAGCUGGGUUUGCAGGCACUCCAAGGGUUGGAUCAGAAGAAAGCAGUUCUCUGAGAGGCUGGAGAAACAACUCAACCCUGCGAAGCUCUUUGCUAAAGCUUUGAGGGAAAGGGCCAAGAAGGAGCUGUUUAUCCCGAGCGCUUCCAUAAAGCACGUGGGUUUUUCCCUCCAGGCUCUUGCCAGCCAAUAUUCAAACCAAACAACUGCAGCUCCUGUUCUUUCUGAGCCCAGAAGCUCCUGAUGGUGAUCAUUUGCAGUCGAUUUGAGCUUAGAGGCUGGGAUUCCCUGGAAUGGUUCGGAGCCUGCUGUGAAGGAGCUUGUUUGGUUGACAAGUGGGAUUGGAACCUUUGCUUAGGGAGAACAGCAGCUACUUGAGUUGGAGCAGCCCCGUCUCAGAGCAGGAGCUGUGUGAGAGCUGUUGUUGUCUGGCUGGGAUCCCUCCAUCGGGUUGGGACAGGUAUCCCAAGGGAAGAACGCCAGGAAGGAGGGAGCACUUGCUUCACGUCCUGGCUCUUUGCAAACGGGUGGCAGUGGCUGUGCCGGGCCGCUGCAGCACUGGGUUUAAUGGCAAACCCAACGGGAUGACCCUGGAGAGGCAGGUCCUGCUGGCACAAGCUGGGGAGAGCACUGCCACAACGUGUUGCUGGUGGCUUUGGGUAGAUGAAGAGCUGCAAUUCCAUGUAGGUCUCUUAAACCCUGUCAGGAAGAGCGUGGAGCCGCUGCCUGCGCGGGGCUGGGCUCAUGUUCUGGUGUCUGUUUGCUGGUUCCCUGGAGCAGUUCUUUGUUGGAGGUGGGCAGUGAAGUUGGUUUUGCCUUGAGCCUGCCCAGGCCCUGCAGCCGGAGCCAUUCCCUGUGGGCAGAGGGCAGGGAUGGAAAGGGGAGGCAGCAGAAAGCCUCAGUGACCUGCAGUGACUCCGGUUAUCCCAAGCUCAUUGUGGUGAUGUGGUCUGUGCUGUGUGCGCACAGCAAGCUGCUUUCCUGAAGGAAAUCCAGUCCCUGACCCAUCCCGACUCCACAUUCCCUUCUCGGAGCAGAGCUUUCCCGAGCACGUCCGCUGCUCCGUUAAUUCCCACUCAAAUGAACUGAAGUUGGUUUUUCCCCUCACACCCAAAUGAAGUCGAAACACGGAUCCGUUACCUCCUCGUGCGCACCGAGGCUCUGGGAGCAACAGGAGGACGAUGGAAUCCUAGGAUAUAGCGGAAUGUUAUGGAAAGAAGAACGUCAUUUAUAUGAUCUAAAGUAUAGAGAGAUAUAUUUUUCAAAGCCCUUUAUCGUGUAGGUUAUUGAAACCAAUCCUGUUCCCUCCCAGCACCGCUGCUGCCUGCGGCCUCUCCUCCCCUCCAACAGAACCAGCCGGGGGAGCUUCCCUCCUCCAUCCCCAUCCAUCCCGCUGCCACAUCCGAGUUUCCAGCCAUGCCAACGUCCCCUCGGCUCCUGAGCACUGCAUCUGGAGGGCUUUGGGCACCCCAUCACCCCGAGCUCGGGGCCAGGCCAUGCUGCAGGUCGCUGAUGCUUUGGGGGUUACUUGGAAGGUCCCACCGUGGGGUAGCGGGUACAUAAGGGUGCUGUUAGCACCCUCGGGGUGGUUUGGACCUUGGCUCUGAUGGCACAAGGGACAUGGCACGGCCCUGAGCCCGGUGCCUGCAGACCCAGGGCUCGCUGUGGCGCUGGGAGCAGGCAGGGAUCCCUUCCCAUGGAUUUGGAGUUCCUUUCCCCUGGUUCCGCACGGCCCCAGCCACUGUUCUGCCUUCAAGGGACACGGGAGGCCUCGGGCCAAGCAGUGACGGAGCUGAAAUUCCUGGACCUGAAUGACGAAUGUCUCAUUCCGAAGGGCCGGGAAUUCUGCAGCAUCCCACUGGAAAGCCGGGAAGAUCCGUACGGAGCAUUCAGCUAGUUUUGCCAAAUUUUGGGGUUUCUUUUUGUUACUUUCUAUGGAAAAAAAAUGCACCUUUUUUUAAAAGAGCCUUUUCUUCACCCCCCCUUCCAUGUGCUGGGGAGUGCCUGAGCCCAGCUGCUCCACAGCAGCAUUCCCAGGAGCUGCCUGCACUGACUUCCCAAGGAGGUCGGGGCCAACACCACCCCAAAAGUAAGGCAAGAAUUGGCUUCGUUUGCCCUUUCCUGCACUUCCCCUGAGGUCAAACCGAUCUUCGUGCACUAAAACCCCCCCGUUAAACCUUUGCUUUCUCUUUUGCCAUUGAUUUAGCAAACCAGUCCCUCUCCCCUUCACCAGUUUGGGUUCUUUUCUCUGCACUGGAACGGCUGCUGCCACCUUUAUCACCUUUAGAGAGCGGGGGCCUGCGCUGAGCCCAUGCUCUGAGUUGCCCAUUGCGAGUGUUUCUGGGUCUCUCUUUUUGCAGCUAACAAGGAACUGUGUUUCUUUCCGUUCAGGUUGUGUUUAGAACUGGCUAAUCUCUCCCUCCUCCAGUGGAGUAUUUAUUAAACUGCUGCUUUCCUGUUGUGUUGAA